UUAAAAGAAAACAAUUAACCAAGAGAACAAACUAGGUAAUCUGAUUUCUAAUUGGAGGAAAGAUUAGGGAUUUUCAAGUUUGGGAGGUGGAGAGUGACCAGGUACAAUUCGCUGAAAUCAGAAAAGAUGUCACGCUCCCCAAUAAGUGUCUGCAUUCAAUUAAAUGAACAUGGAGACAAUAACUGGAUGAACAGUAUGGGACCAGUUUUCAGAUAAGACAUAGGGGUUGCUUGAGAUGUACAAUUGUGAGAAAACUCUUUGCAUCAAUCUUUGGAUCUAUCUUGGGUUUCUGGUCAGCAUAACCCAGGUCCUUGGUUAAGGGUCACUAAGUAGCAGGUAAAGGUGGUCCAGCUUCAUAGCUAUACAGGGCUGGAUUCAAACAAUUAGAAUAAGGUUUUCUCCCAAUUUCCACAACCGAAUAAAGUUUUCUCAUAAGACAGAAAUUGGACUAGACCCAUAAUUGAAUAGAAAAGGAACUGAGCUAGCUCCAGAAUUGAGUCACAAGACAUUGACAAGAGUCAGUGGGGUUUGCUCAGUUCCCACUACCUCUUGCUUGUUUUAAUCCCCCUCAAUUCCCCAUUUUGAUUCAUGGGGGAAGGGGCAGCACCUUACUCCCAUGGAUCACUUAUCUAUAAGUCAAAUCCAUAAGAUUUUUCAUAAAUUCAUAAUCAUAACUACAUUAAUGUCAGGCUACAGAUCAAACUAGUUAGAGGGCUCACAAUGGACUAAUUUUGAGAAGAGAGAUUUACAUGUCACCAAGGUAACCAAGAACUGCUUAGACCUCUGUCUGUGCUCCAGGGUGAGGUGGCAGCUAGCUUUGGGGUACAUUGAAGACCUGGGUUUGUGGCUCUAUGUUAGCCUCCAGUCCAUAUUCUGGUUUAGGAGCUCAGUCAGUGGUCUGGGCUUUGACUCAGGGGCUCUUGGUUAAGAGUGCAGUGAAGGCCAGGGUUUGGGGCUCAGUGCGUGGUCUGUGUGUCAGAUGAAGAGAGGAGAUGGCUGGGAAGGGCCCCUGGAACCUGCUGCGGAGCACUGAAGAGGUCAUGUCUGGAGAGGGCAUGUUUGAUGUGGUCCAACUUAGAAGUUGCCUUUAGGGUUAAUGGAGGGAACAUGGCUGGAGAGGCCCCCUGGCCUUUGGGGUUUGAGAAGAGGACAUGACUGGGGAGGCCUCCUAGAUACUGUUGAGGGACAGAGGACAUUUUUGGGGAGACCCCCUGGAUGCUGCCUUUGCACAUGGCUAAGUCGGCCUCCUGGCUGCUUCUUUAGGGGCAGAUGAGUACAAAUAGAUGGUAAGGCUUCCUGGAUGUUGCUGUGGGGCAGAGGAUGAGAGGACAUGGCUCAGCAGGCCCCCUCACAUUUAGAGGAGCAGACAUGCCUAGUAGAGCUCCCUGGCAAGGGAGCUUCUAAUGACAAGGGAAAUUUGGGCCAGUAUAACAGAAUCUUCUCUUCCUUAAAAUAGAUAAGCUUUCCUGGCUCAAUAUAAAAUGGUUCUCCCCAGUCCCUCUCUCCUCUCUGCUCUGCCCCUAAGUACUUCUCUUCCCUUGCUCAGCACUUUCUCAAUGGGAGGCCCAGGCCAGGGAUCAGGAUGGCACAAAGCUGAAUCUUCCAAUUGUAGCCAACUCAGCACACUGACUCAGGCAUCCCUGGGGAUGGGCACUGUUACCCAGUGGUGCUUUGCAUCUGCCUCCCUUUGCUGGAGCUCUCUGAGUCUUCAUAUGACCCACUAAAACUAUUCUAUCACUGCCUGGCAUGCUUAAAACAUCCAGGCUGCUGAUUCUUAGUUGGCAUCAGUUCUUGGUAAUCCUUAGGCGUGGCUCAAAGUGUAGGGGAAAGCUCUUGCCACAUCUGGACACUGAUGCCCUUCAAGACUUCUCUCUCUGUCUCCCCCAGGUAUCUUCUGUGGACACCAUGUAGCUGGGUAUCUCUCUUCCUGCUUCUCCUGUUGAGUGGGCAACUCCACCUGGCAUCAUGUGCUACCCUGAGGAUCUGUGCCUUCAAUAUCCAGAGCUUUGGGGAGGCUAAGGCCAACCGGCCCAAGGUCAUGAGUGUACUGGUCAAGGUUCUUUCCCGAUAUGACAUCUGUCUGGUACAGGAGGUUCGUGAUAGCAAAGGCACAGCCAUGUCACUUCUCCUCCAGGAACUCAACAGGGCUGACCCUAGCCACCGAUAUGAGGCCCUAGAAAGUCGGCGCCUGGGCCUGGGAAGCUACAAGGAGCAGAAUGUCUUUGUCUACAGAGCAGAUGUGGUUUCCAUCAUGGACUCAUACCAAGUACCAGAGGCUGAGCCAGGUCAGGCAGAAUCCUUCCUUCGGGGACCCUUUGUUGCCCGUUUCUGCUGGCCAAAUUCAGACAUCUGCAAUUUGGUGCUAAUAUCUCACCAUGCCUGCCCCCGAAAUGCACCUCGAGAGAUUGAUCAACUCUACAGAGUUGUCCAGGAUGUGAAACAGCAUUGGAACGUGGAGGAUGUCAUGCUGCUUGGCGACCUCAACGCAGGCUGCACAUUUGUGCCUCCAGAGGCCUGGCUGGGCAUCCGCCUGUGGAGUCACCCAGACUUCCACUGGCUCAUUGGGGACCAGGCAGACACCACAGUCAGCACAAGGACCCACUGCGCCUAUGACAGGAUCAUAGUACAUGGGAAGGCUCUCCUUCAGGCUGUCAUACCUGGUUCAGCCAAAAUCUUCAACUUCCAGGAGGAGCUGGGCAUGUCGGAGGAAGAGGCACUGCAAGUCAGCGACCACUACCCCGUCGAAGUGUGCCUGCACCUAACUGCUGCUCAAGGACACCAAGAGCUUUGAGAGGCACCUGCCAUGUUGCUCCAGAGGUCCAUGCUUUACUUCUGCUGUGGACUUAGCAGGAGGCCAGAUGGACCAGAAUUCUCUAUUCUAAAACAGAAGUGCUGAAAAGUUUCGUUACCUGCAAUCAAAGAUUGUUUUCAGCUCCCUGAGAGGCUUGUUUUCUCAUGGUGUUUUAUAAUACAUAAAUACCAAAGUAUCUAAAGCUCAAAUGACCUACACUGCAGACCUGGUCUCUUUACUCUGGUUAACCUUGCCACUGGCAGGAGACUUGCUGUUGCUGGCCCAAGGUGCUCCAACCUCUUCUGAAAUCAUGG